AUGAAGAGAACUUACGAGAAUGCACUCAAACUUCUCGAGUCCCGUCGGCGAGCGGCCCGACCAAAGACUUCUGCCACGCUGAAUGCCGGUGCAGCAACAGCAGCAGUGUCCAGUCCCAGUUCACAAUCAUUAAGAGGAGUGCCGAGUCUGGUUGGAAUGAAAGAAUGGCUUGAAGCUCUAGGACACUCAACCAACGACAUCAAUGGCUUGAACAUCAUCCAUGUCGCGGGCACAAAAGGAAAAGGCAGCACAUGCGCGUUUACGCGUUCAUUUCUUCACGCGCACGGCUUGCGGACUGGAUUUCCCAAGCGUAUCGGACUGUAUACCGGUCCAGAUCUACAAUCCAUCCGAGAAAGAAUACAGAUAGACAACCAGCCCAUCACUGAAGAUCUAUUCACGCGAUACUUUUUCGAGGUGUGGGAGCGUCUUUCGCCGCCGGAUACUCUUGAUGUUGCCGGCGAUAACAAAAAGACCAGACAACCCCGCUAUCUGCAGCUGCUAGCUUUAUUGGCGUUCCACACUUUUAUCAGAGAACGCGUCCAGGCAGCUAUCUUCGAGACUCAUCACGGAGGUGAAUACGAUGCUACGAACGUCAUUUCGCAACCGGUGGUGACUGCUAUUACAUCCCUUGGAAUGGAUCAUAUCGCGCAAUUAGGUCCUACAAUUGAUGAUAUUGCCUGGCAUAAAUCGGGGAUAUUCAAACCUGGAGUUCCGACUUUCUCGGCGCCGCAAGAUCUAGGUCCGGUGGAGGUUAUGCGUCGCCGUGCUGAGGAGAAGAACGUCCCGUUGAAGUUCGUGUCGAUUAAUGAGAAGUUACCGGAGAAUAAAAAGGUGCUGGCUGCUCCUGUUCAGCGGAUUAAUUGCUCCCUAGCUCUGGAAGUAGCGCGGUGUUUCCUGCAGGCAAGAGCACCGGAAUGUGUGAUUGAUGAUGAUCUUGUCCGAAAGGGAGUUGAGAAUUUCAUCUGGCCUGGCAGAUUUGAAAUUAUCCAAGACGGUCAAAUACAGUGGUUCUUGGAUGGCGCACAUAACCCUCUGAGUUUGAGGCAAGCCUCACAGUGGUUUGCAGACAACAUAGACCGUUCGGAGACGAAGAAAUGUCGUGUCCUUAUUUUCAGUCAUUACUCUGAAGAACGCGAUGGCAUAACGCUGGUCGAGGAGCUAGCUCGUGGUUUGCUCGAGAAUGACGCACAGCCAGAUAAAGUCAUCUUCACCACCUACGAUGAGAGGAAAGAUGGUACGAAGCGGAUCGACAAAACUCUCAAGGUGCCGGAAACCCCCUUUCCAGAUGUGCGCACAGCAUAUGCUACUCGAUGGGAACAGCUGGACCCCAAGCCUGGACUAUAUGUGGAACCAACGAUUGAAGACGCCUUGGCGCUUGCUAGAGAUAUUGCCGUGGAAAAGGAAGGGCUCGACGUUUUGGUGACAGGGAGCUUGCAUCUCGUUGGCGGUGCGCUCAGCUUACUGCGGCCUUAA